ACUACAACUCCCAGCAUGCCGUGCGUUCCUGUGACGUCAUAUUCUCGAGCCAGAGGUUUUCGCGCCUUGUGCGCCGCUAGGUUUAUUGUCUGGAAGUUCAGUGUUGUUCGGUUCUGGGGGUUCCAGGUCGGCGGCAGGAUGGGACCGGUCGAGCUGCUCCACAUGUCCGUCUUCUCUCAGAGCUUCUCUCCCUGCGGACGCUUCCUGGCGGCCGGGAACAACUACGGGGAGAUCGGCCUGUUCAGUUUGUCAGCAGCUCUCAGCCCAGAUGCCGGUGCCGCCAGCCUCAAACCGGUCCUGACAUUCACAGCUCACGAGGGUCCAGUCUUCAGCCUUCUGUCGGCGGACGGCGUCCUGCUGAGUGCUGGAAACGGCGAGGUCAGCGCCUGGAGCUGGACCGAGCUCAGCAAGAAGAGCGUAAAGCCCCUGUGGAGCAAGAGACCCACUUACAGCUCCAGUCUGGAGAUCCCAGAGAUCAACGCCAUGGCGUUCAACCCACGGGACAACAGUCUGGCGCUGGGGGGCGGAGACAACAACAUUCACGUCUUGGACCUGGAACAUGGCGUCUUUAAGGCGGUCCUUCACGGACACACGGAUUACGUGCACUGCUUGUGCAUGAGAGAGCGGGAGGCGGAGCUUCUGUCGGGUGGAGAGGACGGAGUGGUGAGGAUGUGGGACAGCAGGACCGGGCGGUGCGUUCACUGCCUGGAGGUCCACAAGUACGAGGUGUGCGCACGGCCCCAGCACGGAAAAUGGAUCAGCUGCCUGACCACCGACUCUGACUGGAUGGUGUGCGGGGGGGGCCCAGCUCUGUCCCUUUGGCACCUCCGCUCGCUGUCACCCACCUCCGUCUUCCCGCUGAGCGGCUGCCAGCGCCACGCCGCCUUCCACCAGGACACGAUCCUGGCGGUGGGGGAGGGGCAGUUUGUGUCUCACUGUCUGCUGGGGGGGGCAGUGAAAGCGCAGAUCCCGUGCACGCCGCAGAGCCUGAACACGCUGCAGAUCAACACGGGCAGCACGGAGCACAGGGUGCUGACAGUGGGGGGGAGUAGCAGCUGCAUCGACGUCUUCACAAACCCGUCCUACAGAGCCUUCUCCCUCAGCUUCUGAUGCCUUCAGGAACACUCUGUACAUCAAUAAACUUUGAUCCCAG